CCUCAACGUUUCAUUGAAAAAUUGACCUCAUUGUUUCAAUAAAGGCAAGAAGUUUACUCUAGGCACAUUUCUGAAACAAAGAUUGCUCUGAAUAGAUUCAUAAGGAAGUACAAAUGUUGGAACAACCCAUUGGAAGUCAACUAUUUUGUGCAGACUAGGGGAACAAUAGAUUGUAUUUUUCACGUUUUAUGGGAAUGAGUAAAAAUAGAUAGAAAAAGAAACCUAAUGUUGAGAGUCCUUCUUCAUUCCUUGUUUUCCAAUAUUGGUUCAGAAUUGGAGAAAUUAUCGAUAUCACAUUCUGUCCGUACUCUGGUUUUAUCAGGGGAAGUAAAACUCCAAGAAGUUAUUGAACACCAAGUAAAACAUCUUUGCACAUAG